CUUCAUCGUCCCUUCGAUCCUCGCCGCGACAAAAGGCCCUCAACUGCCGGCACCACCACCAAGCGUGCGCCGAACGAGCCUCAGGUCAUCUCCUCCUUGAUCGCAUCCCUCGACCAGAACAACUCUUCAAUCACCCACGCUUCUUACGCCUACGUCUCGACUUCUGACCAUUACGACAACCAUGGCACUUUCUACACCAGCCCUGACCUGCGCCCACCCUUGAAACACAGCCAAAGCUUUGGCAUGGACUACGGCGCCUACCGCCAGCCAAUCCAACAAGACGACUACGAUAGCGACGGCGCAGACUUCCCCGUCGUCCGUACCUCAAGACGUCCGAGUGGAAAGACCGCACACACUGCUCCCUCUUCGCCCGGCCUGAACGGCUUGCGAGACAUACUGCGCUCUGCCUCCAAGACAUCUCUGUCUCUGAACGGUCUCGACAAACUCAGUCGCAGCAACAGCAGGCUAAGCAACGAGAGUCGCUCCAGGAAGCAGUCGCUGUCCUCACCCACCAAAUUGUCAUUGGACGCAACUUCGCCAACCGAAAGACUCGGCCGCAGACUCUCACUUCGUCAAACCUCGCGAGAGACGCUGAGACCUCACAAGGAUCCUCAGCACUUGGCAGACCAAGCUCUGUUGAGUUCGAAUCUGAGCGCGGAAGCCAAGGAUUCGGGCAGAAAGAGCUCAAAGGGGAGACUAUACUUGGAGGAUGUGCUUGAAGACAUGGCUACACCUAGUCCAACCAUAGCCAUGAGCCGGCAACCACACCUCAGUGCUCGGCCAUCGAGCAGCAGAGGUGCUUCGUUCAAGGCUUCAGCCGAGAGUCUGCCCGCCAGUCACUCGAGAAGCACCCUUCCAACCUCAUCGAGCAGCCCGAUGACCACGGUGAUUCCGCCACGAUCCUCGUCCUUGAACAGGCUUUCUAGCCCAACCAAAUCCAAAGGCAAGAAACUCAGCAAAGGCAAACGCGCAUUGGCUGCUCUGAGGGAAGUAAAGGAAGAACGAGGAACUCGCCGCAAGUCAAGAGAUACUCUCAAAGACAUGUUCGAGGGCCUUGACGAACAAGACGAGACUGUGAUGCGCAUCAAACAACUGCGUCAACAGAAACAAGAGCGUCUCCGCAUUGAAUCUGAUGAGGCUCUGCAGACACAGAACAGCCAAAGGCGCGUGCACGACUUGGCAACCUCUCCCGCCUCGGAGCCUUCGAUCCCGCCUGUGCGAGCCGCCAAUAGAGGCGCCGCCAGAGUCCCUGAUUUACGCAAGGCUCACCGAAUGCUCGGGCUCGAUGAACUAUCACACAACGCUUCCGUGGUUCAAUCCAAAGACACUAUAACGGCUUCCCCUUUUGACAGUAACCUUCGCAGUCAACCUAGCGUCGCCCGUGACUCUCCCAACGUCUUCGCAAACCUGUCUUCUUUUCCUCCUGACUCUCCUACCAUCGGGAAUGCCUUUUCAAAUUCAACCGACCGCUAUCGUCCCUUGCAUACUCAAGUUGCCAAUGUUGCAGAGGAGCAAACAUAUGACUCUUCUUCAAUUGGCAGACGCGCUGUCGCCAGGAAGUCAACUCACUCCCACCUGCUGAACGGUCUUGACAUCGAAGGCCUCGACAUGUCACCACCCAGUACCUCUCAUUCCAAUUCCACCAUCCAAUCGCGUCCAAGGUCGAGUCGACGGAUGUCCUAUGAUGCCAGAUUCAGACGAAAGUCCAUGAGCGAUGCUCGUGAGAAUCGUCUGCUCGAGGACGACAUACUGCACGAACGAAACAGUGAUGUUUCUAUGGCAGUCAACGCCUUUUUGAACAACCCGCGCUUGAAUCAAAAGAUAGCACAUCCUCAGACUGGCCGUGUCAUUUCAUUCUCAGAGGUCGGCGAUCCCAAUGGACAUGCGGUCAUCGUCUGUGUCGGCAUGGGUCUCACGCGCUUUGUGAGCGUUUUCUACGAUGAUCUAGCGUCUUCAUUAGGUCUCCGGCUUAUCACGCCUGAAAGACCAGGUGUUGGCGCAAGUCAGCCUCACCGAGAUAGAGACCACAUUGGGCCUCUGGCCUGGCCGGAUGAUGUGGUUACUAUAACUCAUCAUCUCGGUAUUUCUGAAUUUAGCUUGCUCGCGCAUUCUGCUGGAGCAAUCUAUGCUUUAGCGACCGCCUUGAUCUUACCACAAAGCGUACGUGGAAAAGUACAGCUUCUCGCACCUUGGAUUCCGCCAUCACAGUUCGAACACAUCACUCAGAAAGACAGAUCACCUGAAGAUGUACCGAUAGCCGCUUUGACAAGAGGUCAACGAUUCCUUCGAGUUCUACCUGUGCCAUUCCUGAAGGCUGCAAAUGGGAAUUUAUUCUCCCCAGCAUCUCUAAAACCAGCCAAUGGUAAUAAAGGUGAUGGACCGGCAAGGAGUGGAUCGGAAAGCCCACGCGGAACCCCUCGCAGGAGGAACUCGAAGAGGCGACCGGACCCUUCGCGACGGGAAAGCAUGAUACUCAUGGACCAAGUCAUACCCGAGCGACCCAGGGACACCAUGUUUCCUUUGCCUGAACUUUGCGAGGACGAGAAGGGCGAUAAGACAGUCCGCAAGCCCUCGGAAGUGUCACUCAAACUCUCUGCCACGGCAUCACCGAUGGAUCCUGGACUUAUGUUUGCAGCCGAAGCACUCAGUGCCGCCGAACAUGCAGCAAAAGAACAUCAAGCAGCAUACUCCGCUCUCUUGACGGAAAGAACAUGGACAUUAGCUACGCGUGACGCAAACCCCGCAACCGAUCUCAUUGUUUGUUUAGAACGACACAGGAAUAUUGGGUUCCGAUAUGUGGAUGUACACAAGAAUGUAGUAAUAACCCACGGCAGCGAAGACAAACGUGUGCCCGUGGAGAACAUUCGAUGGAUUGGGGAGCAGAUGAACAAACACAACACGCUGCAUUGGAGUCUGCAAGACAAAGACGCGGAGACGAACGACGGUGGUUGCGAGAUUCGCGAGUUGCCUGGUGAAGGCCAUGGACUCAUGGCUCAUCCCGGUGUCAUGUCUGAUGUCUUGUCAGACAUAUCCAGCGAAUGGAGCCCGACACGAUGGUUGGUGCUGUGA